AUGGUGAAGAGAAAAAGCCUGGACGAGAACGAGCCGGAGUGCGGGAAGGGAGUACCGUUCCCCAUCCAGACCUUCCUGUGGAGGCAAACCAGUGCUUUUCUGCGUCCAAAGUUGGGGAAACAGUAUGAGGCCUCCUGUGUGUCUUUCGAGCGGGUGCUGGUGGAGAACAAGCUGCACGGGCUGUCGCCGGCCCUGUCCGAGGCCAUCCAGAGCAUCUCCCGCUGGGAGCUGGUCCAGGCGGCGCUGCCCCACGUGCUCCACUGCACCUCCAUCCUGCUGUCCAACAGGAACAAGCUGGGCCACCAGGACAAACUGGGCGUGGCCGAGACCAAGCUGCUCCACACGCUGCACUGGAUGCUGCUGGAGGCGGCCCAGGAGUGCAACCACGAGCCCAGCCUGGGCCACGGCUGGUCCGGCGGUGGCAGCGGCAGCAGCAGCGCCUUCCUCCAGCUCAACCAGAGCUCGUCCCCGGGGGCCCCCGGCUCGGGCUCGGCCCUGGGCGGCUCGGGGCCCCAGCGCGGCAGCUCCCUGAUGGAGGAGGACGAGCACGCCCGCACCAAGCUCUUCCACAAGAGCAUGGUGACGGUGGAGCUGUUCGUCUUCCUGUUCGCACCCCUGAUUCAUCGCAUCAAGGAGUCUGAUCUGACCUUCCGGUUGGCCAGUGGUCUGGUCAUUUGGCAGCCCAUGUGGGAGCACCGCCAGCCCGACAUCGCCGCCUUCACCUCCCUCAUCAAACCUGUCAGAAAUAUCGUAACCGCAAAGAGGAACUCCCCAGUCAACAACCAGUGCAGCCCCUGUGGAUCUGGAAACCCAGGCCCCACCGGCUUCCAGGUGGUCUGCGAAGCCGCCCAAUCGGAUUCCUCCUCCCCAGCAGCUGGCGAGCGGAGCUGUCGUCGUGGCAACUCGGUGGAGAAAGGUGGCCCGUCGCAACAACCCCCGCUGGUCAAAGGCCCUUCAAAGAAAAAGACGUCGGCCCCCGCCGGCCUGCCCACUUCUCUGGCCCAGCGCGCGCGCUACGCCACCUACUUCGACGUGGCGGUGCUGCGCUGCCUGCUGCAGCCGCACUGGCUGGAGGAAGGGGUGCACUGGGCCCUGAUGUACUACCUGCAGCGCCUGAGGCAGAUCCUGGAGGAGCGGCCCGAGCGCACCUCGGAGCCCCUGGUGGCGCCCCUGCCGCGCCCCCGCAGCAGCUCCAUGGUGGCCGCCACCCCGUCGCUGGUCAACACCCACAAGACCCAGGAUAUGAGUCUGAAGUGCAACGAGGAAGGCAAGUCGCUGAGCUCGGAGACUUUCGCGAGGGUCUCUUUGACAAACCUGCGUCGACAGGCCGUCCCCGACCUGUCCUCAGACCUGGGCAUGAACAUCUUCAAGAAGUUCAAGAACCGCCGCGACGACCGGGAGAGAAAGGGCUCCAUCCCCUACCACCACGCCGGAAAGAAGCGGCAGAGACGCAUGGGGGUGCCUUUCCUGUUGCACGAGGACCACCUGGACGUGUCGCCCACGCGGAGCACCUUCUCCUUCGGCAGCUUCUCGGGCCUGGGCGACGACCGGCGGGUGGUGGACCGCGGGGGCUGGCAGGCCACCAUCAUGGGCAAAUUCACACGCAGGGGCAGCACGGACACGGCUGCAGAUGCAGACAGCCUGAGUGCCAAGCACUCUCAUUCUCACCACUCUCUGCUCCGAGACAUGCCGGACCACUCCAAUAGCCACGGCGACAACACGGUCAAAGAGGUCCGAUCUCAGAUCUCAACCAUCACCAUGGCAGCGUUCAACACGACAGUGGCGUCCUUCAACGUGGGCUAUGCCGACUUCUUCACCGAGCACAUGAAAAAGCUCUGCAACCCCGUGGCUGUGCCCGAACUCCCCGUGGAGCCGCUGGCCUGCGCCAACCUGCCGCGCAGCCUCACCGACUCCUGCAUCAACUACUCCUGCCUGGAGGAGGGCGAGAACAUCGAGGGGACCAACAACUUUGUCCUAAAAAAUGGCAUGUUAGACCUAACUGCUAUUUUGCGAGCCCUUUACGCCGUCCUCAGCCAUGACAUCAGUUCCAGGGUCUGCGACGUGGCCCUGAACCUCAUCGACUGCCUGCUGCAGUUGGGCGUGGUGCCAGGCAUGGGCAAGAAACUGUCCAAGCCUGAUAACAAGGAGAACCUGGAGGCGAGAAGCAAAGACUCUGCUUCCCAGGGCCUCGGUGGAGGUGCCCAAGGAGGGGGGCCGAUUGCAGGGGCAGGCGGAGGAGGGGAUGGUGGAGGAGGAGGAGGAGGAGGAAGUGGUGGAGGGAGUGGGCAGGGUAGCAAAGAUGAUGUGAAGAAUAACAAGGAUAAUGAUAAAAAGGAAGAAACCUCUGGACUCAGCACUCACCGCCUGGCUUUGUGCAUGCUGAUAAAGAUCGUCAAGUCUCUGGGCUGUGCUUACGGGUGUGGCGAAGGACACCGGGGGCUCUCUGGGGAUCGCCUCCGAAUGCAGGCCCAGAACUGCCUAACCAACCUGUACAAGCUGGACAAGCUGCAGUUUCGCCAGACAAUGCGCGACCAUGUAAACAAAGACUCACUGAAUAACAUUGUGGAUUUCCUUCAUGCACUGCUGGGCUUCUGUAUGGAGCCUAUAACCGACAAGUACGGCAGUGCAGGACCCCACAGUUUUCAGGAGCGUCUCGCCGCCAGCCAGGAAGCCUUGAAGAACAAGAACGUUGUGAAUUUGGGCGCCAUCCGACAGGGAAUGAAGCGCUUCCAGUUCCUCCUGAACUGCUGCGAGCCCGGGACCAUACCCGACGCCUCCAUCCUGGCUGCAGCUUUAGACUUGGAAGCUCCGGUUGUAGCCCGGGCCUCCCUCUUCCUGGAGUGCGCCCGAUUUGUCCACCGCUGCAACCGCGGCAACUGGCCUGAGUGGAUGAAGGGCCACCAUGUCAACAUCACCAAGAAAGGCCUGUCCAGGGGCCGCUCGCCGACAGUGGGCAACAAAAGAAACCAGAAGCUCCAGUGGAAUGCCGCCAAGCAUUUCUGCCAGUGGGGAGAUGCCAUCGGCACAAGGCUCAGCGAACUUUGCCAUUCGGACAGCGAGAGCCCCGCCAACAUCCUGGGCUUCAUUUAUGAUGAGGAGAGCAAGCGGAGGAUGAGAAAAGAAGACGAGGACGAAGAUUAUUUAGAUGACAACACAGUCAAUCCUACGAAAUGCGGCUGCCCCUUUGCUCUGAAAAUGGCCGCCUGCCAGCUUCUGUUGGAGAUCACCACUUUCCUGCGAGAGACCUUCCCCUGUCUGCCGCGGCCGCGGGCCGAGCCGCUCGUGGACCUGGACAGCUGCCGCCUGCGCCUCGACCCGGAGCUGGGCCGCCACCGCUACGAGAGGAAGAUCAGCUUCGCGGGCAUUCUGGACGACGAGGACGGCCACGACUCGCUCAACAGCAGCAGCCACACCCUGAAGUCGGACACCACCUGCGACGACAAGAAGAGCCAGGAGGCCCAGGCGCCCGUCAGGAAGAUCCGCAUCGGAGGCUCCCGGCUGCUCCAGAUCAAAGGGGCCAGGAGUUUUCGGGUGAAGAAAGGGGGGUCCCUGUCCUCAAUCCGCCGGGCGGGGAGCCUGAAGAGCACCAAGUUGUCCCGGCAGGACUCGGAGUCCGAGAACGAGGAGGGGCUGCUGUCACAGACGCAGAGCAGGGACACGGUCACGGACAUCGGUAGUCCUUUCAGCACCAGCGAGCCCAGCAUUGAGCCCGAAGGUCCGAGCUCAGGAGGAGCAGAGGACAACUAUCACCGUAACAUGUCCUGGCUACACAUUAUGAUCCUGCUGUGCAACCAGCAGAGCUUCAUCUGCACACACGUUGACUACUGCCACCCGCGCUGCUACCAGCACCACAGCCGCUCCUGCGCCCGGCUGGUCCGCGCCAUCAAGCUGGUGUACGGCGAGACGGUCGACAGUCUGCGAGAGGACAGCGCCACCUCCGGCAAUAUCGGAGCACGGGCAAAGAAAACCAAAGAGUGUUCAGACAAGUCAUGCUUGAGGACCCCCUCCAUGAAGAGAAGACCCACUGACUCUAACACAGAGGGGAAGAAGGAUACUGGCAUGCUCAAGUACAUCCGCAACCAGGUGAUGAGCUUGUCCCCGGCUCCCCUGUCACUGCUAACCAAGGCCGCUCCAAUCCUGACCGACGAUAUGUACGGCGACAUCCAGCCGGCGGCCUGGGAGCUCCUGCUCAGCGUGGAUGAACACAUGGCCGCUGCAGCAGCCGCCCUGUUCCUCCUGUGCGCCGUGAAGGUCCCCGACACGGUGACCGAAAUGAUGAUGGCCGAGUUCCAGCACCAGGAGGCCUGCCAGCGCAUCAACUCCAUCCUGAAGUUUUACACCCUGUGGCGCUUCCGCUACCAGGUGUGGCCCCGCAUGGAGGAGGGGGCCCAGCAGAUCUUUAAGAUUCCUCCACCGAGUAUCAACUUCACUCUUCCAUCUCCAAUACUGGGCAUGCCGUGUGUCCCCAUAUUUGAUCCCCCAUGGGUACCCCAAAACACUGGUAGUGUCCAGGACCCUAUCAACGAAGACCAGUCAAAAUCCUUCUCUGCUCGCGCGGUGUCGCGCUCCCACCAGCGGGCAGAGCACAUCCUGAAGAACCUGCAGCAGGAGGAGGAGAAGCGGCGCCUGGGCCGCGAGGCCAGCAUCAUCACGGCCAUCCCGGUGGCUCAGGAGGCCUGCUACGAGCCCACGUGCAGCCCCCCGCCCGAGCAGGAGGAGGAAGAAGAAGUGGUGAACCUGGCGUCCCGCCGCCUGUCGGUCAGCCCGUCCUGCGCCUCCAGCAACUCCCACAGGAACUACUCUUUCCGCCGUGGCUCCGUGUGGUCCGUCCGCUCGCUGGCCAGUGUUGAAGAUGAAGAGAACACAACAGAACACACUCCGACUCACCACAUGCUACAGCCACCCCAAGCCGUGUUCCCAGCAUGCAUCUGUGCUGCCGUCCUUCCAAUAGUGCACCUGAUGGAGGACGGGGAGGUUCGAGAAGAUGGCGUCGCUGUGAGUGCGGUCGCCCAGCAAAUCCUCUGGAACUGCCUCAUCGAAGAUCCAGCUCUGGUUCUCCGCCACUUCCUGGAAAAACUCACCGUGAGCAACAGACAGGAUGAGCUGAUCUACAUGCUGAGAAAGCUGCUGCUCAACAUUGGCGAUCUGCCAGCUCAGACCUCUCAUAUCCUCUUUAACUACCUGGUUGGACUGAUAAUGUACUUUGUUCGCACUCCUUGUGAGUGGGGUAUGGACGCCAUCUCCGCCACCCUGACCUUCUUGUGGGAGGUGGUCGGAUACGUGGAGGGGCUCUUCUUCAAGGACCUGAAACAAACCAUGAAAAAGGAGCAGUGCGAGGUCAAACUGCUGGUAACCGCCUCCAUGCCAGGGACCAAAACGCUGGUGGUGCACGGACAGAAUGAAUGCGACAUCCCCACGCAGCUGCCGGUCCACGAAGACACUCAGUUUGAAGCUCUGCUGAAGGAAUGUCUCGAGUUCUUCAACAUCCCUGAAGCCAGAUCGGCUCACUACUUCUUGAUGGACAAAAGAUGGAACCUCAUCCACUAUUCUAAGACUUAUGUGAGGGAUAUCUACCCCUUCAGGAGGUCGGUAUCCCCCCAGCUCAACCUAGUCCAUAUGUUGCCUGACAAAGGACAGGAGCUGAUCCAGAAACAGGUGUUUUCCCGUAAACUGGAAGAGGUGGGUCGGGUCCUCUUCCUCAUCUCCCUGACGCAGCACAUGCCGGCCGUGCACAAACAGUCCCACGUCUCCCUGCUGCAGGAGGACCUGCUCCGCCUGCCCUCCUUCCCAAGAACUGCCAUCGAUGCAGAGUUCUCCCUGUUCAACGAGCCGCAAGGUAAGGAGCUGUUUGGGUUGGACACCCUCCACAAGGUGCUUUGGAUCAAGCUGCUGGAGGAAAUGUUCCUGGGCAUGCCCAGCGAGUAUCCGUGGGGCGACGAGAUGAUGCUGUUCCUCAACGUCUUCAACGGGGCGCUGCUCCUGCACCCGGAGGACAGCGCCCUCCUCAGGCAGUACACCGCCACCGCCAUCAACACCGCCGUCCACUUCAACCACCUCUUCUCCCUGAGCGGUUACCAGUGGAUCCUGCCCACCAUGCUGCAGGUGUACGCCGACUAUGAGAGCGACCCGCUGCUGAGGCAGGGCAUUGAGUUUUGCUGCCGGCAGUUCUACAUCCUCCACCGGAAACCCUUCGUCCUCCAGCUGUUCGCCAGCGUGGCUCCGCUGUUGGAAUUCACCACCAGCACCAGCACCGGUCUGUCCAAAGGGGUGUCAGCCCAGUGCCUGUUCGACCUGCUGGUUUCCCUGGAGGGCGAAACACAGGACGCUCUGGACGCUCUAGAGCUGGUCAAAGCCGAGAAACCUCUGCGCUCUCUUGAUUUCUGUUACGGGAACGAAGACUUGACCUUUUCCAUCACCGAGGCCAUAAAGCUGUGUGUCACUGUGGUUGCCUACGCCCCCGAGUCCUUCAGGAGUCUCCAGAUGCUGAUGGUGCUGGAGGCUCUGGUUCCCUGCUUCCUCCAGAAAUUAAAAAGCAACACAACCACGAUGGAGUCCGCUUCGGCCGCCAGGGACGAGAUCGCGGCCAUCGCCGCCCUGGCCACAUCCCUGCAGGCCCUGCUCUACAGUUCAGAGGCCCUCACCAGGCCCAUGACGGCUCCCCAGAUGUCCCGCUGCGAUCAGGGCCACAAGGGCGGCACCACCGCCAACCACGCCAUGGCAGGAGGCGUCAACACCAGGGACAACCUCCACCUGCUGGAAGAAGGGCAAGGCAUGCCGAGGGAGGAGCUGGACGAACGCAUCGCCAGGGAGGAGUUCCGCCGGCCGCGGGAGUCCCUGCUGAACAUCUGCACAGAGUUCUACAAGCACUGCGGCCCUCGGCUCAAAAUCCUGCAGAACGUCGCCGGCGAGCCGCGGGUCAUCGCUCUGGAGCUGCUGGACAUUAAAUCCCACAUGAGGCUGGCCGAGAUCGCCCACGCCCUGCUCAAACUGGCGCCCUACGACACCCUGACCAUGGAGAGCCGCGGCCUGCGGCGCUACAUCAUGGAAAUGCUGCCCAUCACCGACUGGUCCUCCGAGGCCGUCCGGCCCGCCCUCAUCCUCAUCCUCAAGAGGCUGGACCGCAUGUUCAACAAGAUCCACAAAAUGCCCACGCUCAGGUGCGCUCGCCCACAGGCACUAUGCACCAGGAGGCAGGUGGAGUGGGAAGCAGCCAGCAACCUGAUUGAGGGAAUCUGCCUGACUCUGCAGCGACAGCCAAUCAUCUCCUUCCUCCCGCACCUCCGCUCGCUGAUCAACGUCUGCGUCAACCUGGUCAUGGGUGUCGUCGGCCCCUCCAGCGUGGCGGACGGGCUGCCCCUCCUCCACCUCAGCCCCUACCUCUCUCCUCCGCUUCCCUUCAGCACUGCCGUAGUCCGGCUGGUCGCCUUGCAGAUACAGGCCUUGAAAGAUGACUUCCCUCUCAGUCAUGUGAUCUCACCUUUCACUAACCAGGAAAGGCGUGAAGGGAUGCUGCUCAACCUGCUUAUUCCUUUUGUACUGACUGUUGGGUCUGGAAGUAAAGACAGCCCCCACCUUGAGCAGCCGGAGAUAUUCCUCCUCCUACAAACCGUCAUCAAUAUCCUUCUGCCUCCUCGGAUCAUCUCAACUUCCCGGACCAAGAAUUUCAUGCUGGACGCCUCACCGGCUCACUGUUCCACGCCCGGCGACCCGGGGAAAGACCUGCGUCGAGAGGGACUGGCAGAGUCCACCAGCCAAGCCGCUUAUCUCGCUCUAAAGGUAGUGUUGGUUUGCUUCGAGCGCUCGCUGGGAAACCAGUGGUAUCGACUGAGCCUGCAAGUCAAGGAGAUGGCUCUGAGAAAGGUGGGCGGCUUGGCCUUCUGGGACUUCAUCGACUUCAUUGUGCGAACCCGCAUACCGAUCUUCGUCCUCCUGAGACCCUUCAUACAGUGCAAGCUGCUAACCCAGCCAGCCGACUCCCAGGAGGAGAUUACGGCACGCCACCACAUCGCAGACCAGCUGGAGCGGCGCUUCAUCCCGAGACCUCUCUGCAAGAGCUCCCUGUUCGCGGAGUUCAACAACGAGCUCAAGAUCCUCAAGGAAGCCGUACACAGCGGCUCUGCAUACCAGGGUAAGACCUCCAUCAGCACAGUGGGUACCUCCACAUCAGCCUACCGCCUCAGCUUGGCCACAAUGUCGCGCUCCAACACGGGAACCGGCACCGUUUGGGAGCAGGAAAGCCAGCCAUCGCGCCAGCCAUCGCAGGACACGCUCAGCCGCACCGACGAGGACGACGAAGAGAACGACUCCAUAAGCAUUCCCAGCGUCGUGAGCGAGCACGAGGCCUUCCUGCCCCGGGUGAUGUCCCAGCGGCGUUUCUCCAGCCACGCCACAGGCACCGCGGCCGCACCGCCCGAGGGCCCCCGCACCACAAUGUUACCCAGUCAGAGCGAACCCAAUGUGCUAGAUGAGUCCCAGGGCCUUCUGCAGGAGGGUAACCUCUCUAGAGUGGCCAGUGUGCAGAGUGAACCGGGCCAGCAGAACCUCCUGAUCCAGCCUCCGCUGGGAAGAAAGCGAGGGCUCAGACAGUUGCGACGCCCCCUGCUGUCCAUUCCGAAGAACGAGCCACGCGGCCGGUCCGGAGCGAGACUGUCCACCACACGCCGGAGCAUCCAGCCCAAGAACAAACCACUGGCGCAGGGAGACCAAAAGAGAUCAGUGACCUUUACAGAGAAUCAAGGGGCCGCCGGGAAGCCCCCCACCCCGGGCGCCGCCGAGCCUCCGGCCGACGGCAGGAGGGCCAGCCCGGCUCCGUCCAAGUCCCCCACGCUGGAGGUGCCCCCCGCCUUCUCAGCCAUGGUCACCGCCGACCUGCACGGGCCCGCCAGCACACAGGUGGCUCCGGCCAUAAGCAGCAAAGAGAGGAGGGAGCAGUGGGGGCUGCGCAGCAGCCUGUCCCCCCCCCCGUCCGUCUCCCGCCCCUCCACCCCGACGCCCCCGUCCCGGACCUGCUCCCCGCUGCCCCUCUCCCGCACCUGCUCCCCUCUGCCCCUGUCCCCCGCCUCCCCCCCCCUGGACGAGUCCCACGUUUGA